AUGUCACCCCCGAGUCUUACAGUCACCCAUAUCACCACGGCAACUGCGAUUCUGAACAUCGAUGGCAUUAACUUUCUUACGGAUCCUUUUUUUGGGUCCAUCGAGGGGACCGAAUAUGACACCACGCCCGCUUGGGAGAAAAUGGAUCUGAAAGCAUAUGGCUUUGACAGUAUCCCGCCACCACCGCACUUGAUCAACAAACAAGGUCCUGCCCUCCAGCUUCAUGAUCUGCCACCAAUUGAUGCGGUUCUUUUAAGCCAUGAAGAUCACCUCGACAAUUUGGAUCCAGAAGGCCGCAAAUUGCUUGAUGGCCGGAGGGUUUUCACUACUAUGGAUGGUGCAUCUAAUCUACGCCCUCGCCCGGGAGUUGUUGGUCUUCGCCCCUGGCAAACCGUGACUGCGACCAUCGGAGGAAAGCUCUUUCGAAUUACUGGGACUCCCUGUAAACACUUCCCCGGUGGAGAGGUCACUGGGUUUAUUCUGGAGACCGAUUCCUUUGGGGUUGAUGCUACUGGAAAGCCUAAUGCAAUUUACUUUUCCGGUGACACGGUGUAUAUCGAUGAGCUGCGAGAGAUUGGAAACAAAUGGCAUAUCACUGCUGCCAUUCUCAACUUGGGCAACGCCACAUUCGAGUUCCCAACGGGGCCUAUCCAGAUUACGAUGGACGGAAAACAGGCUGUGCAACUUACCCGCGAUAUUGGGGCAGACGUCAUGAUUCCAAUUCAUUUUGAAUCUUGGGCCCAUUUCACUGAGGAUCGAGAAGAUUUGGUAAAGGUGUUCAAUGAAGAGAGGUUUAUGGAAAAAGUUGUGUGGACAAUUCCUGGUGUUCCCAAGGUUGUCUAUUAA